CCCCUGUAGUACUUCUACCAUGAUCAUAUCUAUUCAACUAUUCAAGAAUCAAGAAUCAAAAUGGAGCAUAACAAACUUUAAGAUUAUCUGUGGGCUUAUAAUUUUAACAAGUUAGAUCAUCCCUCACGUUUUUGUUAUUUUUUUAAAUAUUUUUAACAUUAUUUAUCAAAUUUACUGCACGUAUAACGUCUUUUUAUUUUGAUAUUAAUUGAGAAAUAUUAAAAAAUGUCAAAAUCUGUUUUGACUUCUGACACAAUGCCAAAAGCUGGACGGGUUAAUAAAAUGUGUCGGGAGUGGUCUGUUCAUGAAGAUGGAGCUUUAGCAUAUCGUCUACAGGACAAGGAGAUUAAAGAGCAUUAUACGGGUAAUAAAGUUCGCAACGCCCAAGUUCGUGAAGAUUUGCCCAGAGCGAGAGUUGAACAAAAACUUGAGGAAUUGAGAUAUCAUACAAUCGUUCAAGAGCAAGAAGAAAAAGAUGCACUUGUUGCUCAACAAAUGGCUCUAAAACUCGAGAGAGAAGAAAGAUUGAAAGAAAGGGAACUUCAAGAAAAAAUGAGAUUACAAUUACGUUUAGAUGAUGAAGCAGCACAGAUUGAAGCUGAACUUGAAAUGGAGAGACGUUUGCAAGAAGAAAGAGAUCAAGUACUGGCAAGAAAAUUACAAGAAGAGGAAGAACGAUCAAUUGAUGCUCAUAAUUCGCCUAUUGAUGACCAACUAGUUCUUGAUCAAAAAAUAGCAAUAGAAGCACAAGAUGCUGAGUUAGCACGUAUGCUGCAGGACAAAGAACGUGCUAAGAUACGACGAGCACGUGAACGUGCUAAACAAAAAAAGUUAGAACGUCAACAACAAGAGUAUGAAAAUAAUAAUAUAAGUAAAAUAAAACUAGACAGAUCAGAUAAUUUAGAAAUUGAACGUAGUAAAUCCCAUAAUUAUAUGAGUUAUACACAAAAAAUGACGGAUCCAGAAGAAAUCCAAGUGAUGGAAAGUUUACCAGAAGAUGUUCCUGAGCUGCCGAACGUCGCUGCAAUUAUCGAUCCAACAUACAGUAGUGAACACGAAAGUCCGUCAGGUAAUUCGAGUAAUUUAGUUAGUCUUUCUUAUACUUUACCAGUAUCGCCAUCAUCAUCACAUGAUUACAUGGUUAGUACUCCUUGCUACAUGCCGAUACAAGGCCAACGUCGUACUCAAGCUCAAUCUCUAUCUUUAUCACACGAAGAAAAACAAAAACGGCGUGUUAAAGAUAGCUGCAAGCAACAAUAACUUUCACAAAAAAAAAAAAACAAAAUAAUAAAUAUACAUGGGGUAUUCUGAGUUAAAUCACAAUGAAUUUUUUUUUAACUUCUCUUUUUAAUUCGAAAUCUCGAUUUUUUUCAAAUUUUUAUACUUGUUUUGAUUCACACAGAGAUUUGUAAAAUAAUUUCAAUCUUACAAUGAACUUAAGUCUUUAUUUGUUUUAUCUGAAAAAAAAAAAAAAAAAUAGAAAUCAAUUCUCACAAUAAGACAAAAAUCGGAAAAACUUUAUAAAUUGAAAGCUGAAUCAAAACUAAUAUUUCUCUGAAAAUCGAAAAAAUAAAAAACUAAUUUUAUAAGCUAGAACAAGCAAUAGAAAUUAGUCUCAAAUUACACAAAAUAAGUCCUGAAACGAUUUGUUAUCGAAUUUGAGGAUAAACCGUUGAAUGCGUGGUUACCUCAUGUAGAAGCAUCUCUCCUCAAUAUCUCAAAUAUUAUAAUCUUUACAAUUGGUAUAUUUUUUAUUUAAAUGCUGAACUUUACGAAAUCGUCAUGAGAAAAGUACCUUGAAAAUUCAUAUUUUCUAUUCAUUGGCAAUAAUUAUUACUGAGCCCUAACGAAAAAAUAAUACUACAAUUAUUAUUGAUUGACGGAAUCACCACUUUUAUAUACUUUUAACUAUUAAUUAUUUAUCACUAUUUAUUUUUAUAACAUAACUUCGUAUUUUUAAAAGUUACCAAUUUAUACUAAUUUAUUCAUCAUUUAAAACAUAUAACAAUUUUAAUAUAAUUUUCAACAAGCAUUAUUAAUCGUAUCGUCCAUUUAUAUGAUUAUUAUUUUAUACAUAGUAUUAUUGUUAAUUUCGCUUUAAAUUGAGAAAAAAAAAAAUCUAAACAAA